CAAACAGCGGCCACGCCGGGCCCGGAGUCUCCGGCUGUGGACAGCAGCAGACAUGGAAAGGCUGGUGGAACGGUUGGAGAAGGCUGUGGAACGUCUGGAGACUGUGUGCCAAGGGCCUGGCAUGUGUGGAGAUGGCUCUUCCAAAGGAGUGGCUCAGUAUGUGCAGGCUUUCGAUGCUCUUCUGGCUGGUCCAGUAGCUGAGUACAUGAAGAUCAGCAGAGAAGUUGGUGGGGAUGUGCAGAAGCACGCUGAGAUGGUUCAUGCAGGACUGAUGAGUGAGAGGGCUCUUCUGGUGAUGGCAUCUCAACAUCAGCAGCCCACAGAGAACGCGUUCUCAUCGCUUCUGAAACCCAUUUCAGAGCAGAUCCAAGUGGUGCAGAACUUCAGGGAGAAGAAUCGUGGCAGCAAAAUGUUCAAUCAUUUGUCAGCAGUCAGCGAGAGCAUCCCAGCUCUGGGCUGGGUGGCCAUGGCCCCCAAGCCUGGUCCCUACGUGAAGGAAAUGACUGAUGCUGCCAUGUUUUAUACCAACCGGAUCCUCAAGGAGUACAAGGAUGUAGAUAAAAAGCAAGUGGACUGGGUGAAAGCUUAUCUGAGUAUCUGGAUGGAGCUGCAGGCCUAUAUCAAAGAGUUUCACACCACAGGGCUGACCUGGAGCAAAACAGGUCCUGUAGCAACAGAAGGGGGUAAAUCACCAUCCAGCCCCCCUGGGGGGGCUGCACCUCCCCCCCCCAGGCCCUCCCCCCCACCUGCCCCUGCUCCCCCCAGCUCCAGCCCGGAUGACUCUGCCUCCCGCUCCGCGCUCUUCGCUCAGAUCAACCGGGGAGAAGGCAUCACCUCGGGCUUACGACACGUUUCAGAUGACAUGAAGACCCACAAGAAUCCAGCACUGAAGAACCAAGGGGGUCCUCUGAGAAGUGGACCCAAACCUUUCACUGCUCCCAAACCAGCUUGUAAUGCUAAUUCCUUCCAAAAAACCUCUCCAAAGGCACCUGCAUUGUUAGAAUUAGAGGGCAAAAAGUGGAGAGUGGAAAACCAGGAGAAUGCCACUGACCUGGUAAUCAGUGACACAGAGCUGAAGCAGGUAGUGUACGUCUUCAAGUGCACAAACAGCACACUCCAAAUCAAAGGCAAGAUCAACUCCAUCACCCUUGAUAACUGUAAGAAGCUGGGGCUGGUGUUUGAUGAUGUGGUGGGCAUUGUAGAGAUCAUCAACAGCAGGGAUGUUAAAGUUCAGGUCAUGGGUAAAGUGCCAACGAUUUCCAUCAACAAGACAGAUGGUUGCCAUGUGUAUCUGAGCAAGAACUCCCUAGACUGUGAAAUUGUCAGUGCCAAGUCAUCAGAGAUGAAUGUCCUCGUUCCCACGGAGGGUGGAGACUUUACUGAAUUCCCUGUCCCAGAACAGUUCAAGACAGUGUGGAAUGGUCAGAAGUUGGUGACCACCGUGACGGAAAUCGCUGGCUAAGCAGAAAAGCUCCAAGGCUCACGCCCUCCCCUGGCCCUGCUGUGGGACAGAUCUGCUUUCAGAUGAUUCUCUUUAGAUUUCUUGUACCUUUCUGCUGUCAAACUGCUUCUCUUCUACCCAAGAGACACAGCUGCCAUCACUGAAACACCUCUGCCUGGGGUUUGGUGUAGGUGGUGGGUCAGUUCUUCUCCACAUCUAUUAGCAGGAAGGUGUUGGGGUUGUUUUGGGUUUUUUUUCCUUCUUCCUUUGUCCAGUCUAACUGCACCAAUUAAGUCAGAUUUUCAGUGAAGUUCACAGCCAGAAGUGGCAGUUGGUUUUCAGAGUGGUGGUGGGGGGUGGGGUUGGUUUCUUUUGUAUUGCCUUUAAGCAAAUUGUUGAUGUGAGAGAGAAAUGUUUUUAAUUUUUAAUUCCUAACGGUUUAUGUCAGGGUCCAGUUACCCCCUUGCUAUGGCAGAGGGCUCAAGGUGGUCCUGGAAGCUGCUCAUUCCAGCUCUAGGUACUACUUGGCAGCACUACAGGACAGAGGAAUUUGGACCAAAAGCUGAGGACCUGGGCCUGUAGCAUUCAAUCCUGAUUUCUUUUUCAUCAUUCCUACUAGCUCAGUGCAUUUCUGAUCGUGCCAUGACAGGAGGCUUCACAUUAACCAGUGCCACAGGAGAACUCCAGAGGAGUAACUGGUGUUACCCCCCAGGGCAGGCUGGCUGGGAGCUUGGAGCUGAGCACCUCUUAUUCCAUGAGCCCUCCACUCCAGCAAGGGAAUCUUUGCUCCAGGGCUUCCUUCUUGGAGCAGCUGAACUCAGGUUCAGUCUUCCAGGACAGUUCUGAACGUGUCCCCUUCUGCAGAGGAAGGGUCUCCUCCAUUCCAGGGUUGGUAGCACAGGAUUGUAAAUACCCCAAUUGGCUCCACUCAGUUCCUUGCUCUUUUCUUCCUCAUCUGCAAUCAGUCCCCAGAGAGCAAAUCCUCCUCCCCUUUCCCCUGUUGCUUGGCUUUUUAUUUUGGUGGAAGCUUGUAGCCUCUGUGCCAGGGCCCUGGAGCAGAGUGAUGGAUCUCAGACCCAGUACUGUACUGACCCAUAAAGGGAGCUGCACGUGCUUUGACCUUUUUAUUUUUAUUUUUUUUUUCCAAUGCCUUGGGUGGCACAAGCAUAUCUGAAAUGCAUUUCCUCUGUAAAGUGUCAAUGGUUUGUUUUUUUUUCUCUAGGACAAAACUUACAAAAAAAGAAAAUAUGCAAUUUUUUUUUUAAUUUUGAGACUCUGUCCUGUGACUUGUACUCGUCUUCUCCUGAGGCUUGUGGAAAAAAAACCUUUCUUAUGUACUUAAGAUUAUACAGAAGAUAGAAUAAAGUUAAUGCCAACUUG